GCCCCUGCACGCCCCCCAGUAGGGACCUGGCCCCCAACCCAGGCAUGUACCCUGACUGGGAAUCAAACCUGCGACCCCUGGGUUCCCAGGCCAGCGCUCAAUCCACUGAGCCACACCAGCCAGGGCGGAUUCAGCAAACCUUUAACAGUCCCUUCCACCUAACCCUUUGGUGUUCUCCCCAGGCCUUGUUGUGUUGUCUCUUCACCAUCUUGCUGUCCCUGAACACAGAGCCCUUUUAGUUUUAGGAAGCAGAUUGAGGAUUAAAAACAGCAGAUAUGGGGAAAUAACAAUGCUUAUAAAAUUGUUAUACUAACAGUCUUCUAAUCUGUAGUUUCUGGAAAAUCUUGAUAAUCUGCCCUUGGAUUUUAUUUUUAGGGGUAAGAAUCGCCAAACCUCUUCCUUCUCUUUGACUCUACCUUUGGAUACCAUCAAGGCCAGAGAGUGGAAUCCGGAUAAUAUAAGUGUUAUUUUGUGACAGCAAGUACAUCGCCUCAACACAGCGACCUGACGGGACCUGGCGCAAGCAGCGGAGGGUGAAAGAAGGCUAUGUGCCCCAGGAAGAGAUAUGAGAACAAGUAUGUGAAAUUUUUCAAGAGUAAACCAGAAUUGCCCCCAGGGUUGAGCCCUGAGGCCACUGCUCCUAUCACCCCAAGGCCUGAAGGUGGUGAACCAGGCCUCUCCAAAGCAGCUAAACGCAACCUGAAGAGGAAGGAGAAGAGGCGGCAGCAGCAAGAGAAAGGGGAGGCAGAGGCCUUGAGCAGGACUCUGGAUAAAUUGUCUCUGGGAGAGACAGCUCAACUCCCUAGUGCUUCACAGGGCUCCCGUGCGGUCCCUACAGCUGCCUCUGACCAGCCUGACUCAGCUGCCACCACUGAGAAGGCCAAGAAGAUAAAGAACCUAAAGAAGAAGCUUCGGCAGGUGGAAGAGUUGCAGCAACGGAUCCAGGCUGGGGAAAUCAGCCAGCCCAGCAAAGAGCAGCUGGAGAAGCUAGCAAGGAGGAGGGCAUUGGAAGAGGAGCUAGAAGACUUGGAGCUAGGCCUGUGAUGCUUUUGGGGAAUAGGGAAUGGACUGCAGAACAAACCAUGGGGCUCUCUGGGUCCUGGGGAAUACGGGCAGCAGUCAGGAGGGGUAUCUCCCCAUACUGGCUUACCUCCACCUCUUAUGGCCCACUUCUGUCCACCAGAGCCUAGCCUCCCUCAUUCCUUCCGUUUUCUUCCAAACUCCUAUUUUUUGGACUUUUCCCCCUCCUAUUCCCAGUGUUCAAAAAUCUCAGUGUUCCUUUGCUGCUGAUUUGGGUGUCUUGUUCAAAAGAAAAUUGGGUGGGUGGGAAUCUCGAAGAACUGAGGUUGAGGGUAAGGGGAGUACACUCAAGUCUUGGUUCCGUUUCACAGUGUUUAUGAGUUAUUUCCCCUCCAUCCCUGACCUCUUUUUUUUUUUUUUUUUUUAAGAA